CUUACUUCUUUCAUUCUUCGUUCAAAUCUUCUUACGAGAAAAUCGCCACGCAGCAAAGAAGGACGAUGGAGAUGUUCGUGUUGAAGAGCUCCGACGAUGAAUCCUUUGAAGUGGACGAAGCGGUGGUACUUCAGUCGCAGCUCUUGUCGAAUCUUUUUGAAGAUUGCAGCGGCGCUCGUGAAUGCAAGAUUGACGAGGUCACAGGCGAAGUCCUCUCGAAGGUGGUCGAGUACUGCAAGAACCACGUCGUAGUCGUCGUCGACGGUGGUGCCAAUUCUUCUUCCUCCGGUGAUGCUCUCAAGAAGUGGGACGCUGAGUUCAUCACGCGAAUGGAUCUGUCCAUGGUCUUUGACCUCAUCAUGACUGCGAACUACCUAAACAUCAAAGGUCUUUUUGAUCUCACGUGCCAGAGAGUCGCUGAUGAGAUCGCAGCUUGCAAAGACCAUAAGGAGAUUCGCGCAAAGUUCGGCAUCGUGAGUGACUACACAGCGGAGGAGGAAGCAGAGGUUCUCAAGGAGAACGAGUGAGAGGGUUAAAUCUAAACUAGGAUAAACAUCGCUUUCUUGUUUUGA